AUGCGUAUGUGGCAUACAUUCCAAACGAGUCCAGUACCAAUUAAAGAACCCAGGAGGGAUGGAAUGCUUGGUGGGCCUAUCGAUACCGACCAUAUUUGUCGUACUACUUUAGGAUUUCUUUUUUUCCAGAUCCAGCGAGUGACAUGUCGUGCUAACAGACCCGAUGCUGAUACAUACGUACAGCUACAGUUCAAUAACGGCGUCGGUGGCUUCGUGAAAGAAGGCGAUCAAGUAGUCGACAUUGAAUGUACCAAUAAAGGUCACUGGCACAAUUAUCACAGUAUCGUCACCGAGAGCCUCACGUGUUUAUCUACUUGA